CAAAAAGGAAAUGACCGCGCUUCCGGACGAGGCAGUGAAUCGAGGGUGCAUUCUUGUUCAGGUGAAUGAAUGCAGGCACAUGAAUGAGAUCUGGGACAGAGAUCUGGGUGACGGUGGCUGCGAAUGGUGUAUGCAGGUGAGGCUGCAUGAGACCGACCUGUCGAGCCUACGCGUCCCUACACCAUAUUUCGUGAGUCAUGGGACGGGACGAUGGAGGGAACAGGACCACUUGCGUCCUGACGUGAUGUGAUUGUGUCUAUCAAAUCUGUAUGGCCGUUCGUUCAGAAGCUGGUGUCGCGCCUGUCGUACUUGCCGGUGCUGUAUGGUGACAUCUACGAUCACUACAAGAGCUACAUCCUCCCCGACUCCCUCUCACACAACGGCCGAAACCUCUGGCUCGAACACGACAACAUACCCUUACAGUGGUACGAGCUCCGGAUACCAACAACAUCCGGGAAGGGAAAGACAGAGGGGUGCAAAUGGGGCUCCUUGAUAGUCACACACGGCUUAUGUGUGCUGCGUGUGUGUGUGUGUGUGUGUGUGUGCGUGUGUCUUGUGUAGGCAUCUGCCGGUGGGUGUGUUGUUCGAUGCCUUGUUCGGUGGCCAUCCGCGUGUGCCGUGGCAGCUGACAGUGCACUUCAGCAGCGGUACACCCGAGCAGCACAUCGAACACCUACCCGAACAUAUCAGACGACACGUGCCCAAACCCAUCCCUAUGACCGGGGUGAGCCCACCAAAUCAGUCAGUCAGUCAGUACACCGACCAGCAGACACACGUUUCUCCUGUCGCUCCAAUUGCAGAGCAGUGCGGUCAACAGCUUCAAGAUACGCUUCCUAAAUACACUCAAACAGGUCGGUCGGUCAGUCAAUGAAUGGCUGGCCAGCGGGGCCACCCAGGGGAAAAGUGUCAAUCAACUUUGGGUAUCUGUGUAGAGUUUGUUCCUGCUUCACGGCACGUCGGUUCGGUUUGCCAGUCUGUCCAAGAGCGACCAAACAGACCUCAUGGACGCCGUUGUCGAAGGUGACUUAAACAUGCUCAUGGGGCCGCGCUGUGUGAGAAAUGUGACUGUGUGGAUGUGGUGUGGGUGUGACCGUCAGGUCGUGUGGAUGACUUUUGGUCAAUAGCGAGGCGGGUGGACCUCACAUGCUCAGCCAUCGCUGACAUCAAGUCAGACAUACACACAGACACGCACUCAAGCAGAGACGGGGGAAUCAGCCUUGCUGUGCAGUCAGGAAGGGCAGCGAUUGUCUGUGUGUGUGAGUGUGUGCGUGUGUGUGUGUGCGUUAGGAGUGUGUCAAUUCGGUUGCAUGUGUACGGCCCUCCCCAUCUGCAGCUGCUGCGUGCAUUCGAACCAGGUAGGUCUUGACAGACUGACUGACUGACUUACUGACAGGUGGUCGGUGUAUCCAUCUGCAUGCACUCUGUUUGUGUGUGUGGUUUGCGACUGGCUGCCUGUGUGCAGCAUCUAGCUCCCUGACCAGUGUGCGGUGUUUGCUGCGAAGCGUGCUGCCUCAAGAGGUGGCCGACAUGUGCGAAGACUCACAUGACGACACACUACCCCGCGCACAGGUACAUACACAUUCUACACACGUGCACAGCUGUAUACGGCGGCUGUGCCUGCCGGCCUGCGUGCGCCGUGCUCCCUCCAUUGAUUCGUGUGUGUGUGGGGUAUGUUGUGUCGUGUGGUUGAUGUCUGUAUGAAUUAGGUGUUGGUUCAUGGCGUGUGUGCGUCGCUGGAUUGCUCUGUGAGGUGGCUGGCGCUGUAUGGGCUCUACUGCGACCAGUGCCUACACAUCGUGGUGCGGCUGCCUGGCGCACUCACAUGAAUAUAUAACACCACACCCCCGUGCACCGGGUGGCUGGUUGUACUGACUGUACAGUCGGUGCGUUGCAUUUACCAGGCAGGAAUGACCGACCACUGGUGUGUACGCUGGUUGGUUGGUUGUCGUGAGGAAAUCUAUGUAUGUCUGAAUUCACUCAUACAUAGAGUCCAAUGCAUUCAAGGACACUCGAUCGAAUUGCCCGAGUCUUCUGCUCAUCUCUGUCAUCUAUCUCGUC